AUGGAACGUGUUGAUGGAGGAGAAUUAUGGAUGAACGGAGUUGACUUCUACGAAGAAAUCGAACAUGGUUUUAAAGAUUACGCCGGUUACGGAACGCAGUGGAUUUUCUUUCCGGAUGGUGCUGGUAUACCUCACUUCGUUAAUUUGACUAUGCCUACAUCGAUACAGCUGCGUGGUAGACAUAGCAAGGAGAUAGAAUACAGAUUAUACACCAGGGAACUAUCCGACUACAUAAUUUUAGACCAGUCAGCGGAACCGCCCAAUAGCACUGACAUACGAGAGCUAUUGUCCAACAAAGCAGUUAAAUUGGUAACACACGGCUGGAAGUCUUCGGCAGAGGACAGCGUGGUCAUGGGCAUUAAAGAAUCCUACUUGAAACAUAAAGAUGUUGCUGUUAUAGGCAUUGACUGGAGCGACACAGCGAAGGAGUAUCUUUAUCCGUUGGUUGCGGAAUACACAAGGGACGUGGGGGCGCAUGUGGGGCAGUUUCUGGAUGCUUUUUGUCAUCUUUACAAUGUGUCUGGCAAGAGGUUGCAUUUGAUCGGGCAUAGCCUCGGAGCACACGUUAUGGGGAUUGCUGCGUCAAAAACGAAUGUGACGAUAGCAAGAAUCACAGGUAGAUAA